UUCAUCAAUGACACCAUCUAUCACUUCAUACAUUGAAACAACAUCAAUCACUCCAUCUAUUGCUUCAACAUUAGGGUCAUCAUCAAUGACACCAUCUACCACUUCAUCAUUAGGGUCUUCAUCAAUGAUACCAUCUAUCACUUCAUCUCUAGGGUCAUCGUCAAUGACACCGUCUAUCACUUCAUCCUUAGGGUCAUCAUCAAUGAUACCAUCUAUCACUUCAUCAUUAGGGUCAUCAUCAAUGACACCGUCUAUCACUUCAUCCUUAGGGUCAUCAUCAUUGACACCGUCUAUCACUUCAUCCUUAGGGUCAUCAUCAUUGACACCGUCUAUCACUUCAUCCUUAGGGUCAUCAUCAAUGACACCGUAUGUCACUUCAUCAUUAGGGUCAUCGUCAAUGACACCAUCUAUCACUUCAUACAUUGAAACAACAUCAAUCACACCAUCUAUUACUUCAACCUUAGGGUCAUCAUCAAUGACACCAUCUAUCACUUCAUCCUUAGGGUCAUCAUCAAUGACACCAUCUAUCACUUCGUCCUUAGGGUCAUCAUCAAUGACACCAUCUAUCACUUCAUCAUUAGGGUCAUCAUCAAUGAUGCCAUCUAUCACUUCCUCCUUAGGGUCAUCAACAAUGACGCCAUCUAUCACUUCAGCCUUAGGGACUUCAUCAAUGACACCAUCUAUCACUUCAUACAUUGAAACAACAUCAAUCACUCCAUCUAUUGCUUCAACAUUAGGGUCAUCAUCAAUGACACCAUCUACCACUUCAUCAUUAGGGUCUUCAUCAAUGAUACCAUCUAUCACUUCAUCUCUAGGGUCAUCGUCAAUGACACCAUCUAUCACUUCAUACACUGAAACAACAUCAAACACACCAUCUAUUACUUCAACAUUAGGGUCAUCUUUAAUGAUACCAUCUAUCACCUCAUCCUUAUCGACAUCAUCAAUGACACCAUCUAUCACUUCAGCCAUUGAAACAACAUCAACAACACCUUCUGUAAUGUCAAGCACUGAAGCUACAUCAAUAGUUCAAACUUACACAUAUACCAUUCAAUCAACAUCAUAUUCACCUGCCAUUUCGACUGCUGAGACAACAUCAUUGGCUUCAUCCAGUCCAAUCGUAAUGACGACAGCAACGUCAACAGAUCCAAUGACAACCCCUAUUACUUCAACAGCAACUGUAGUGGAACCAACAACGGAACUAUCGUCGACACCUAGUAUGACAACCACAGCAUCAUCUUCUCUAAUGACAACACCUGUAUCAACAACUUUAAUCGAACCGACCAUGACACCAGAUACAACCACGCCAACAAUGGAGCCUACGACGCCGCCUAUUGAAACAACUAUGCAGACGACGACGGCAACAGCAGUACCGUUUAUUCCUCUGUAUUUUGAAAAUGGAAUUGCCACAAGGGAGAGGAUGUUUCAACCAAACUCGCUUGAUUACAGAACCGUUUACAUAAGAUUAGGAUUACCCAUUGGCAGUAACGAAUUAUACUACUAUUUAACGGUUACUACAACGGGAAUGAUUCACUUUUCCAAGAGGCCUCCUACAAGCCUUGCCCUGGCGAAAUACACCAACCCAUCUCGCUUUACAGAACUCGAUCGAUUUUCUUCCCAAAUCGACCCUGCUGUAGCGGUGUUCGGUGCCCCUGUGGACACAUCGGUGGGAAGUCCAAGUCUUUAUUAUGAGGUCUUCGAAAGCAGUACUGAUGUAGAGUUUUUCUCAGCUCUGAGAGACAGACUGAGAUCACUAGAUGCAAGGCCCUGGGGCAUAGAAAACAAUGACGUCAUUGACACCUUAACCACUGCUGUCUUGGUCACUUGGGAGAACUUCCAGCCUCCUGAUACUGUUCCUGGACAAGAAACUGUGACGUAUCAGGCGAUAGUUUUUACUAACGGAGCGAGAACCGGGGUGCUUAUGCUCUAUGAAAUUGGCAGUUUCAACUGGAUUGAGCUUACGAAGGAAGUGGAGGUUGUUAUUGGUUUCAACGCCAAGUACACAAGAUCGAAUCGCUUCUCAGCUGAGUUUAAGAGCGAAAGCUACAGACCAGACCUGAACAUCGGCUCGAUCUCAGGAACUGAGGGAGUACUUAUUUACCGUCUCGACGACAACCCAAGCACGUUUGUCAAUUCUGCCCAGUUCUGCGACAAUUGGUACCAAGAGGACAUCGAGACUCUGUUUCCAGCCUUGCCGAUCCGACUUCAAUUAGCCGAUGACUGUCCAUGUUCAAUAUUCCAGUCGUUUUUUGAUAGGCGAUAUACCAGAUGCAUAGAGGGGUCGUUCUUCUGCCGACAGAGUCGACGGUCCUUUUUCGGGGGUGCCCACCGGUGCUACUACUUCUUGCCACUUCUACCUGGGAACUCGUUUAGUGACCCGUGGAGGACAACCAAUUACGAGGCAUACCGUUAUCAUUCGUUUGAACUAUGGUUUGAGAGAGAUUUUCUGCCGAGGUUUCACUGCUGUCAUCAAGGAGCAGGUCCUGAGUUUUGCGGAAUGUACCAAGAAAGAAGACCAACUUCUACCUGCUCUAGGUAUAGACCUCCAAGACGAUCAUGGUUCUGGGGCGACCCCCACAUCAGGACAUUGGAUGGUCGAGGAUACACAUUCAACGGUCUGGGGGAGUACUCUAUGCUGGAAUACACCAACAAUGACUCGUUCGUUCUUCAGGCGCGGACGGGCAAAGCCUUCAACAAUAGUGAGCCAGUCGACACCGGCACCGUAUUCACUGGUUUCGCUGCUACCCAAGGCAUCACAGUGGUUGAGUUUUCGCUGAAUGAUAACAGAACGGCUAUGAGGAUUCUUAUCAAUAAAACGGAAGAGAUAACUGACUUCACUACGUUGGAAGGAGAUGGCUAUGAUUCUGCAGAUUCUACCUUUUCGCUGACCCUCGAGAACAACACCGAUACCCUCGUCAGGGUCACUGCACUCUUCCUGGUAGGAGAGCUACCUGAUACGUCAUUUACAGUCACCUUCACCAACGAGGUACUUGACGUCCUCGUGUCAGUUCCCUCUGAAUAUAAUGAUCUCGGAAUCGGCAGGGGACUUUUGGGUAACAUAAAUGGUAACAGUUCGGAUGAAUUCCUACUUCGAAACGGUACGACACUAGAGGAUUCACUGGCAACAAACCUAACGGACAAAGACAUUUAUCCAUUUGGACAAUCGUGGCAACUUACCGAGGCUGAAUCCUUGUUCGAGUACGGCGACCGAGACUGGUCGUACUACAACCCAUCGAACUACACGCCUAUCUUCUUGAGUGAUCUUCUGGCCGAAGAUCCCGAGAGGACGGCUGCUGCCAGGGCGACCUGCGGCGAUGACGAAAGUUGCUUGUUUGACUACCUCGCCGUCAACCCAGAGCUUGGUCAAAUGUCGAUGGAAACUGGAAAUGCAUUCCAGGAGGAUCUUGACAACCUAGAAAACUUCCCGCCAAAUAUAACAAUGAUCACUGAUACUGGUAACGUACUACAGGAAGACGGGCGAGUAAUAUAUGCACAGGUGAAUCAAACGAUUCAGCUAUCAUUUACCGCUGAAGAUCAGAAUAAUGGUGACAUUGUCACCUUCAAAUUUGGUGAGGUCUACCCUGAAGGAGCCAAUAUCACAGCAGAUGGAGAUUUUCAAUGGACACCAAUGGAUUUUGACAUAUCAAGAUUAGAGGUGGUCGCCAGUGACCAGAGGGGAGCAGAGAGCACGGUCUUAUUCCGCGUUAAGAUCUGCAGCUGCUUCAAUGAUGGGGAAUGUGACUACCAGAGCUUGGCCGAAGGACAGAAUUUCACUGGCUUUGGAUACGGGGUGGUCACGUGCAAUUGUAGCAACGGCUGGUCAGGUGACCAAUGUGAUGAAGAUUUUAACUCCUGCGCGGGAAAUCCUUGCUACCAAGGUGUCCUAUGUGUUGACAGUCCUCCUAUGGAAUCAACCGACUUUACAUGUGGCGACUGCCCACCCGGUCGGGUCGGUGAUGGCGUUACAUGCUCUGAUGUAAAUGAAUGUCUGAGCAACACCACUAACGACUGUGAACAGAACUGUCAUAACAUCCUAGAUGGAUACUAUUGCUCUUGCGAUGACGGGUUUACAUUGUCUCUAGAUGAACGUUCUUGUAUAGACAACGCUGGUUGUACACCUGCAGCAAUGAACAAUACUGGUUCUUCAAAUUGUACAUGCGAUCCAGGAUACGAGUUUUUGAAUGGAUCAUGCUCAGAUUUUGAUGAAUGCUCGAAUGAUGUUGAUGAAUGCCCUGAUACUUCAACAUGUAUCAACACAGACGGAGACUACUUCUGUAGCUGCAUUGCCGGAUAUGAUGCCAUCAACGAAACUAAGUCAUGCGCAGAUAUCGAUGAGUGCGACACUGGGGAGCAUAAUUGUAUUCCAAUGUUAAACCGCCAAUGUAUGAACACCAUUGGCAACUUUGCAUGCGUGUGUGCACUCAACUUUGCAGAAAUGUCAGGAACAUGCGUAGCUGCUACCACGUUCAGUAUUGAACUGCGGUUUGAUUUCAUCAACGGUAUGGCAAUCACGUAUUAUUCAGACACCACUCAAAAUCGUGAUCGACUCGCUGAUGAGGUAUUAGACCAACUGAACGGCACGUCUAUUUUCGGAGAUGGAUUGCUUGUGGGUGUCCUCGUGACCAAUUACACGCUAGUCGAACUAGUCGACCAAGAGUACGGCCUAGUCGAAUUCCGGAUCGACACAUUCAACCCGAACCUGACCGCUACCGAUAUACAAUCCGCAUUUACCGCCUCCCUACCGCUUGAUCGAAUAUUCGGUUCAAGUAACCGAAUUCUCGAACCAGACAUCAACGAAUGCAUUGAGUUCACUGGGGUCUGCAGUAACGGUAACUGUACAAAUACCGAAGGAAGUUACUUCUGCACAUGUAACCAAGGAUUCCAAGGUACCGGAACAGACCAAUGCGAAGAUAUAAAUGAAUGCCUGUCGGGAGCGCAUGCAUGCCAGGAAAUAUGUAUCAACACUGAUGGCAACUACUCCUGCGCAUGCUCGGAUGGAUACGAGUUGGACAGUGGAGGACUGAACUGUUCGGAUAUCAACGAAUGUUCGGGUAACACGUCGGUUUGUGAAAAUGGAAUAUGCACGAACUUAGAGGGCUCUUUCAACUGUACAUGCAAUCCUGGUUACGAACUCGCCAAUGAUAACGUCACAUGUAUUGAUAUAGAUGAGUGCUUGCUCGAAUUGCAUGAAUGCCAGGAAAUGUGUAUCAACAAUGAUGGCAACUAUUCAUGCGCAUGCUCAGAUGGAAACGAGUUGGACAGUGAAGGGUUUAAUUGUUCAGUUUCACCUACCAGCACAACAAUGGACCCAAUUGAUACCACGACAGUGACGUCUGAUACCACAGUAGUGACGUCAGAUACCACAAGUUUACCAACUGAUACCACAUCAGUAAUGUCUGAUAACCCAACCAUAACAACUGAUACCACAUCAGUAACGUCUGAUAACCCAACCAUAACAACUGAUACCACAUCAGUAACGUCUGACAACCCCACCAUAACAACUGAUACCACAGCAGUCACGUCAGAUACCACAAGCUUAACAACUGAUGCUACACCAGUGACGUCUGAUACCACAAGCAUAAUAACUUCUACAACAAUGGAGACAGUCGCCACCUCGCAAUUCGAUGUUGUUAUCUUUGUUGUCAUCUCUUUCAACGCCACUUAUCAAAGCGCUCUUGCAGACCCAACUUCGACUGCCUUUACCACUUUGGCAACUGCUCUUUGUGAUCAGUUGGUAGCGUACUACAUGACGCUGACAAAUAGGGAUAUCACGUGUGUUGUAUUGGGUUUCACAAGCGGCAGUGUCGUAGCGAACGUCGAUUUAACCAUCUCAGCAAACAACUCAUCUGAAGCAGAAGACAUCAGGAGCAAUGCUGUAAACGUCACGGCUGUGGAUAUAGGAAGCUUUCAAGUAGGCAAUGAAACAUACAGUCCAAUGACGGUCAACUCAAAUGUAACCAUUCAGGAGAGGCAACCUGACAUUUCAACAAUCUCUUCUACAAUGGGCAUGGAAACAAAUCAAAUAAUAGAGUCUACGACAACAAAAACAACAACAACAACCACAGCUUUAGUAGUCCGUCUGGUGAGGCUUUCCUUGAGAGUAACUCGGCUGAAUGAUGUUAUACUGGAAUACAAUACAAGUCUUUCUGAUUCGACGACACCUUACUUCCAAUACCUUGCCAACAUAUUUUGCAAUGCGGUAAGGGAAUACAUUGAAGUCAGGUAUGAUGCCCUACAAUCCUACACUUGCGACGUACUAACAUUCGUAGAAGGAAGUGUUAUCGGUAAUAUGCAGAUAGAAGUUGGAGCGCCGACUACAGCUGAAGCCACUGCUAUCGAACAAGCUAUCACCGACAUAGCGACAAUGAAUCAACUUUUGACUUUCGGGAGCACAACCCUCUCCGUCAUGUUGCCGACCGAUUCACCGGGACUAUCUGGUGGAGCGAUCGUCGGUAUCGCUAUAGGUGCCGUAAGUGGCGCAAUCCUGAUCAUCAUCUGCAUAAGUUUCUUACUAAUGCAUACCUCAAGGCAAGAUGCAGCCAAACGCGCUUUUGACGAGGCGUACCACAGUAAAUAUAAUGGGGACAGCCCCGUCUUUUUUGGUGACGAUCCCUAUGAUGAUGCCUCGUCUUAUUACUCAAUCGAUCGCCGUGAGUUCGCAGUCGGUCGAGCUGUGCAAAGGCUGACAAGAGAUCGAGAACGAGGUGGAAUGAAUCGAGAUUUCCGGACACCAUACAUGGUUGAUGGUGAAGACAACGAGGGUUAUAUUGAACGAAACCCGAUCUACUGCUAAAGAUAUCUGCAGAAUUUGGAUCGUCUCUUCGAAGAUUUAAGGGCAACCUUCUUCAAAGGAGAUUCAAUCCAACAGUGAGGUUCCUUAAGCCAAUGUACAUAACUGGGGAGCGUUUCAUCAGUAUUUUCGUCCGACAAGUUGUCAGAUCUGACAUCUUUCCUUGAUUUUGAUUGGCUGAUAAGCAAUUUUCCUAUGGUAACUGUCGGAUAAAAUGGGACUUGUCGGAUAAAACGUCUUCUGCGUUCAGUGAUUAUUGUUUAUCUUACAAAUGAGUGAAGAUAAUGCUCUCAUCAUUGUUUUGUAUUAUGUAUUAUUGCUAUAUUAUUUAUAUAUGUAAACACAUUUGAUAUGUAUUGCAUUAUUUGAACGUAGUAAAAAAAAAUACACAGACCAAUUAGAGUGCAAAAUGUGCGAACAGAUUACAUUUAAUUUCAA